CUGCUACCAGUUGGAGUUUGUUUAAUCUCCACAGCCGCUAAAACCACCAACACCACCCUUCACCGCCGCGUCGCCGCCGCCGAAAACAUUGAUGGUCACGCGCACGAGAGAGCGUGACAGUUCCAAAAAGUCCCCCCAACAAAACAUUUCUUACCAAACUGAAGAAAGUAACAAAGUGAUUUGAUCUCUCCUCUCCCUUCUCGCCUUCUCAUUUGCUGUUUCUUCAAAUCUCCCCGCCCUAAUCUCUCUCUACUCUCUCUCUCUCUCUUUAUUUAUUGCAGAAUCCAUUUGCUUUCUCUCUCUAGACUAGAAACAAGUCUCCGUUCUCUCUCUCUCAAGAAAUAGUUUCUCAGCAAUGGAGAACUCAGCGAGACCUCAAGAGAACCAUAGCCCAAUUCUAGUUUCUUCCCCUGAUAACCGUAGCGCCAAUAGUUCGAGCAGCACCGUGAGCGGCAAUGGCCCGACGCUUCUGUCGCCGGCGGCGGCGGUUCAGCAGCCACCUCAGGUGACGCCGGUAUUGCCCAUUACCAGAUCCGAACCGAACAACCUGUACCCGACUACCUUCGUCCAAGCUGACACUUCCUCCUUCAAGCAAGUAGUCCAAAUGCUCACCGGGCUCUCUGAGACUGCUAAGCAGGCGGGUUCGACUAAGCACGAACCCGCCCGCAACCCGAUCCCGCCCAUCAAAACCGGGCCGAAGAAGGAGAAAUCCGCUUCCAAGCUGUAUGAGAGGAGAAACAGCCUGAAGAAUUUCAAAAUCAGCCCGCUGGGUCCCGGAUUAGCCAGCAAACCCGGAUUUGGAGGCGGGUUCUCGGGUUCGCCCAGAAUCGGAACGCCUGAGAUUCUGUCGCCGAGCAUACUCGAUUUUCCUUCGCUGGUGCUGAGCCCGGUAACUCCACUGAUACCCGACCCGUUUAACAGGUCCCCGCACAGCACGGUGAGCGCUGACCCCAAUUUGAACAUGGAAGCUGAAGAUAAGGCAAUAGCGAAAAAGGGGUUCUAUUUACACCCGUCCCCGGCGAACACUCCGAGGGAUGCGGAGCCCCGACUCCUGCCUUUAUUUCCGGUCACCUCACCUAGAGUCUCAGGUUCUGCCAAUUCUAUUUCUUAAGCGAGCCUUUUGUUGUCUUUUUUUUUUUUUUUUUGGGUUGAAUUUUUCAGUCGAAUUUCAUUCGAUGUAUGAUGAUCUUUAUAUGUAAAUCACAUAUAUAUGAAUUGGAAUUAAUGAGCCAAAAAUGUUGUGAUAUUAUUCCAUGUAUUUUUGCAAUAUCAAUUGGGAGAAAUAUGGAGAAAAAAAAAACACAAGAUCAAUCUUGUCUGUAAGCGCAGAUGAACUUCCAUGGAAACUUCACACUGGUUUGACUGAUCUUUUCCAGUUUACUUCACUGAAUUUCUGUUAAAGUUGAUGAAUUUGCUACUGAAUUCAUUACUAUCUUGCUUGCUAUAUUUGAAGGGAAGUUGGGAAUUGAAUUUUGAGAAUUAUUUUCUAAAAGAAGUACAGUACUUUUAGAGUUGAAGGAAGUUCACAUGAGUGAACAGUGAGGAGAGGGGGUGCUAUCAGUGGGAUGAGGAAAUGGGCCUAGCUGUCGAGGGAGGAGUAGAGGAAUGGGCAAGGAAUCUUGACUCUUUUGUUGUCUUUGUGAAAGGGGAGGAAAAAGAUGUCUAGAUGAGGCAAUCACUAGUGCAUAUGAUGUUUGAUUGAGGGGUGGGGAUGCCAAAUGAAUAGAGACAGUGGGAGUGGGACUGGUGAUGAUGAAAGGCGUGGAAAAAGAAAGGAGAGAGUUGAAAUUAGGGGGUGAGGAAAGGCAAGGUAGAAGUCACGGCGUUUGGGUUUUACAAAAUCAUCCUUCUCACACAAGACUCUCAUGCCGUACAAUGAAGGGAAGUCACCUCGUACACAUGAUCAAGUUGUGUUAGCAAACCAUGAUCACGAGGACUGAGGACACAUGUAGAACGAGUGUUCUUGACUCGCAAGAUAAACGUUCCGGUUUAAUUAUACAUUCAAAUCUUUCUUAAAUGUGUUUUCUGCUUUGGGUAGCAAAGUUUUUGAAAGAACUCGAGGUUGUGUGUUAGAUCCGGUGAAAAUUUUUCCAGAUCAGACCAUGGGCAUGAACUCGGAGAGACAGGGUGUAACUGUUUGUCUUUUGCACGGUCUGAAUGUGAUUGUGUUUGCUUCUUUUGUUGGAGUAUAUGUUGUUAUAAUUAGGAUUUGUGGACUUUGUGUCCCAAUGGUUGGUGAGUCAUUGAUGGCGAGUUUGAGUGUUACAUGUGCUCUGUUUGGCCACACCAUUUCGCUUUUACAAUCAUCAAAUGUCCAUCUUCUAGAUAGGGUCCUGUUUCAACUUUUUACAGUUGUGCUGCUGCAAUAUUCAAUCCGCCAUUGUUGACCA